CAACUCCACCAUUUUUGGUCAAACCGCUCGGAAAAAUAAGCUUCUGAGACAAAUAACAUAAAAUUAAAGGAUGAUCGGUUACCUGCGAAGAUGUCCAAGUUUAACCAUCCAUUCGAAGUUCUUUUGUAGAAGCAACGUCGUCUUCAUCGAACGAUUUUUACAUGAAGGUCCGGACAACGUAGAAGAGCUUCUCGACAGACACGGGGUUAAGAAGGAGAAAUCCCUAGAUGACGAGGAAGAAGAGUUGCUGAAUCGACAGCGUCUCUCCAGUACUCAACGAGAGGCGCUGGCUCUUUACCGCGACAUACUUCGAGCCUCCCGACUCUUCAUGUGGACCGAUUCGCGGGGCGUUCUCUGGAGGGACAUAUUGAGAGAUAACGCUAGGAAAGAGUUCGAAGAAGCUCGGUUCGAGAAGGAUCCGGAAGUUUUUACCCGAUUGCUUAUCUGUGGGCGAGAUGCGGUUGAAUCUGCCUUGGAGAAGCUAGCCGAGAAGCAGAGACUGCACAUUCAGAAGGAGAGUGGAGAUGGACGGUAACGAUUGAUUCAUUGU